GAAUAAUGAUAAAUCAGUAAUAAGGUGUGUAAAUAAAUAGAAAUGUCAUUUUGUGAACCCUUCAACGAGUGGAAACACAUGACAUUGGAACAAAGAUAUUUGCUCCUGCAAGUCGUCGUUUUGCUGUCUUUUCGAAAAGACGCAAUCCAUUGUUAUAUGUGAAACAAUAUAGCGAGACAGAUUAUUAUAUAGAAAUGCAGGUUAUUGUCGCUUUUACUGUCCUAAAUAUCAAAUUCGUGGUAAUAGGUGGCUGUAAGUCUAUGUAUACAAUAUCUGCCUGUGAAGAUUGAGGAAGUUUGUGUCUGUCUGGGAGCGGUGAAGCGAACGAAAAUGGGGGAGUAAGACACACGAAGAAGCAGGAAUUCGAACUUUAUCUUUCUUUCUCGUUCAUAAUGUCUGGUUUCAGCAGAUUCUAGUCGAAUGUUGUGGAGCUUAAGCAUACAGACAAUAUCACAUGACAUUGGCAUCAAAGCAUCAUUUCCAUCAGAUGACAUCAUCAAUAUUCAUCACCUUUUAAAGACUGAAAGAAAAUAUUGUACAGAAGAGAUUUAAGAACACCAGAGAAUUCCAGUGAAAUAUUUCUUCUCAACUGAGAACAUUUCUCUUCUUCAAUGUUUGGAAUAUCUACAAGAUUAUUUUGUACUGAAGUUAAACUUGGAUAAUUUUAAAAGGAAUCUCAGAGUAUUUUCAGAUAUCAAGGAGGAUUCCUGUUGAUGGAAAGAGAGCAAUAGCAAUACUUGUUAGGAAUAAGUUGUAGGACAUAAGUUGCAGUGAUUGAAGUAAGAUAAUGGACAAAUUGAUUAUUUAAGAUAGUUGAAGAAUAUAUUCUUAUUCUGAAGAGAUGUCACAAAAGAAACCACAAUCAACAUAUCAGUGUGAUAUCUGUAAAAAGACUUUCACUCAGAAAUGUAAUCUAACUACUCACAGGCGUAUUCACACAGGAGAGAAGCCAUUUCACUGUGAUAUUUGUAGUAAAUCAUUCACUCAGUUAUCUGGCUUCACUGCACAUAAACGUAUUCAUACAGGAGAGAAGCCAUUUUGCUGUGAUAUCUGUGGCAAAUCAUUCUCUCGAGUGUAUAGCUUAACUGUACACAAACGUAAUCAUACAGGAGAGAAGCCAUUUCACUGUAAUAUUUGUGGUAAAUCAUUCUCUCAUGGAAAUGUCUUAACUGCACACAAACGUAGUCAUACAGGGGAAAAGCCAUUUCAAUGUGAUAUUUGUGGUAAUUCAUUCUCCCAGAUAACUGCCUUAACUGUACACAAACGUAUUCAUACAAGGGAGAAGCCAUUUCACUGUGAUAUCUGUGGCAAAUCAUUCUCUCAGUUAUCUGGCUUAACUGAACACAAGCGUAUACAUACAGGGGAGAAGCCAUUUCACUGUGAUAUCUGUGACAAAUCGUUCUCUCGCGGAACUGACUUAACUGUUCAUGAACGUAUUCAUACAGGCGAGACACCAUUUCAGUGUGAUAUUUGUGAGAAAUCAUUCUCUCAGAUAUCUAGCUUAACUGUACACAUACGUAUUCAUACAGGAGAGAAGCCCUUUCACUGUGAUAUCUGUGGUAAAUCAUUCUCUGCAAGCUCUAACUUAACUAGACACAAACGUAUUCAUACAGGAGAGAAGCCAUUUCACUGACAUGUAUAGUUAAUCAUUCCCUUGAAAUAGUCAAGUCACUGCGCACCAACAUACUUAUACAGGAGAGUAGCCAUAUCAUGUUGUUAUCUGUUUGCUAGGAUAUGAAAGGUUUAGUCCACUUUGAAGUUUUAAACCCAAACCAAAUGAAAACAAAGGAGAUCUACUGUGAGCAGGUGGAGCAUUUGCAGCCAGCACUUGAAGAUAAAUGACCAUCUUUGGUUUGAAGAUGAAAGGUGUUCUUCCAUCAGGAUAAUGCUUGGCUACAGACAUCAAGUAUGAUAUUCCAAUGGCUGGGGCAGAUUUAAUGAGAAAUGGUGCCCCAACUGCCAUAUCCACCAGACAUUGGUCCCGUCUGAUUAUUGUUUAUUUCACAGUCUCCAAAAUCAUUUGGAUGAGAAAAUAUGAAUUCUGUAGACACGGUCAGAACAUUAAUGGAGGAGUAUUUUUCGUCAGGGAUGAGUGAAAUUUGGAAG